ACAAGUACUAUAACUAUUCAUUGAAAAGAAGCUAAAAUUUUAGGUUUUUGAGAGGGAGAGAGAGAGAAAACCAUGAAGAUCAUUGCAUGGCUUCGUGUCAUGGCGACGGUGGCGUUUCUAUGGCCGGUAUUAGUCGAAUGCGCAAUUCGUCGCUAUAACUUCAACGUGGUGAUGACAAAUACUACAAAAUUGUGUUCAUCAAAGCCCAUAGUAACAGUAAAUGGGCUCUUUCCGGGCCCAACUAUCUACGCAACAGAAGACGACAAUGUGCUUGUGAAUGUCACCAACAGCGUUAGCUAUAAUCUCACCAUCCACUGGCACGGUAUUAAACAAAUUCAAACCGGAUGGGCAGAUGGACCAGCGUACAUAACCCAAUGUCCCAUUCAACCCGGACAGAGCUAUGUGUAUAACUUUACAGUAACAGGGCAGAGGGGAACACUUCUGUACCAUGCACAUAUUCUGUGGCUAAGGGCUACUGUUCAUGGAGCUAUUGUAAUAUUGCCUAAGCCUGGGGUGCCUUAUCCCUUCCCCAAGCCUGACAAUGAACUCGUGGUCAUACUAGGGGAAUGGUGGAUAUCAGAUGUUGAGGCAGUGGUCAAUGAAGCACUACAAUCAGGGUUGGCUCCCAACAUUUCUGAUGCUCAUACUGUUAAUGGCCUUUCGGGUCCAGUCUCAAAUUGUUUAUCUGAAGGGGGUUAUAAUUUUGUAGUGGAGGCAGGCAAGAGGUACUUGGUGAGAAUCAUCAACGCUGCACUGAAUGAAGAGCUGUUUUUCAAGAUCGCAGGCCACAAUUUGACAGUAGUUGAAGUUGACGCCACUUACGUAAAGCCAUUCCAGACCGACACAAUUCUCACGGCGCCCGGCCAGACCACAAACGCCAUCUUAUCAACCAAUCCCCAAACCCCCGCCGGCGCCGGCGGCAAUUUCUUGAUCACCACUUCCCCCUUCAUGGACGCCCCAAUCAGAGUCAACAACAACACCGCCACCGCCACGCUGCAAUACAACGGCACCCUCCCUUCCGCCGCCGCCACUCCCACCGCCCCGCCGCCGCUCAACUCCACCUCGCUGGCAGAAAAAUUCUACGAUUCCCUCAGAAGCCUAAAUUCCCACCAAGUCCCAUUGAGCAUCGAUCAUUCUCUCCUAUUCACCAUGGGGCUCGGGGUCAAUCCCUGCUCGACUUGUUACGCCGGGAAAAAAGUGGUGGCGGAUUUCAAUAACGUCACGUUUGUGAUGCCGGAAACCGCGCUUAUAAACGCGCAUUUCUUCAACAUCAGCGGAGUGUUCACCGAUGAUUUUCCCGGGAACCCGACGACGCCGUACGAUUAUACCGGUGAACAGCCCGCGAAUUUGAUGACCACAGAAGCGACUAAGCUUUAUAGACUCGCUUAUAAUUCGAGCGUGCAGAUUGUGUUGCAGGAUACUGGGAUGCUAGCUCCUGAAAACCAUCCCAUUCAUUUGCACGGUUUCAAUUUCUUCGCCAUUGGACGAGGAUUAGGGAACUAUAAUCCUGACCAGGAUCCGAGGAAUUUCAACCUCGUUGAUCCUGUCGAGAGGAACACAAUUGGUGUCCCUUCCGGUGGUUGGGCAGCUAUCAGAUUCAGGGCAAACAAUCCAGGAGUAUGGUUCUUGCACUGCCAUUUGGAAGUACACACAACAUGGGGACUUAAGAUGGCAUUUGUGGUGGACAAUGGAAAAGGGCCCAAUGAAAUUCUACCACCACCACCUGCUGACCAACCCAAAUGCUAAUUGGCCUUGUCAAUACCUGCAAAUGAAUUCUUUAAUUUUGAGCAUCCAAACUGUAGUUGUUCAAACAAAGUCGAUCAUCAUGACUUAUUUCAUUAUUUUUUUUUUGAAAAUAUGACUUAUUUCAUUCUUAUUCUCUUCUUUUCUAUGAAUAUUUUGGAACCAGUU